AUGCAGCUUGAAGAAGGUAGAUCAGUGGAAAAUAGUAGCCAAGACCCGGAUUAUCGUAUGAUGCGAAAGUGUUGUAGUUCGGGACGUCUCCUCGUCGUGCUGGGAAAUGCAACCACAAGUCCCGAACGAACGGAGGCGCAGAACUUCAGUCUUGAUAACCACGGCAUGUCCAUUCUGAACGCGUUGUUGCGAUCCCACGUUUCCCAGAAGAUUCUCGGAACCGAAUCCCAAGGAAACACCAACCUGAGGGUUGUGGCGAGGUCGGGAAGAGCGGUGUUUGAUGAUGUGAGGGCACGAUCAGUCGGCAUCGCCGUCCAACCGUUGAGCAGUAGAAAAGAAUCUUGGGCACCAAUCCUCGGUUGCAGAGUGCUGAUUCAAUUUCCUAUUCACCGCUUCGGUAGAGACGAUAGUGGGGACUGCUACGGCCAUGUGAAAGCGCGUACCGGGAUUGAACAUACAAAAAAACUCGUCAAUUUCUUUCCGGCCCCCACGUUUCAACUUCCUUUGGCAUUUGAACAAAUUUGCUCAUCAUAUCUGGGUGAGAAACGUGAGUUCUCAUGCCCAAUUGAAGAGGCACUUUUCAAUCAAAUAGAUACAAUACAUAAAAUGAACUCGAUAUUUCAAUGUUCCACAAAAUUAACACUUAAAGAACGCAAGGAUAAAACAACGCCUACAAUGAACUCUACGGCUUUCUCUACACUAGCUGUCCAACAUCACAGCGUCUCAAGCUCAUCGAAACACCAGGAUCCAAGUACAGCCCAACUCGCUCCCACACUGGGCGCCGAAGCGGCCUCAGAAAGACAUGUAGUCCCCUCCAAGGCCUACCGCACACGAUAG